AAAACCGUUCUACUUCCGUUUCUUUCAGUAGUUCACAAAACACAGUUUUAUAGUAUUUUAUAAAACCCUUUUUGAGUUACUUAGAAUUUGAAAAAGAAGAAGAAAAAUGGAAGAAGAAGAAUAUGAUUACAAAACCAAAUUAGUAUUAGAUAUAUGCUCUAUUUCAAACUGUUCAAUUCGUUGUGUUCAUACACUUUUCUCAAAUGCACCUUUCGUUGAUUGGUAUUGCAUUCUUGGUGUUGAAGAAAAUGAUGGGCUAAAUACCAUUCGUAAGAAAUAUCAUAAACUAGCCUUGCAACUUCAUCCAGAUAAGAAUAAACAUCCCAAAGCUGAAAUUGCAUUCAAGCUUGUCUCUCAGGCGUAUACAUGUCUAUCUGAUGCAGCAAAAAGAAAAUCUUUCAACAUAGAAAGACACAGAAGCUUCUGCAUUGAGUGCAACAGAAUCCCAUAUAAACCCAACACUCUCCCUACCAAUUCCAAUGCUUCAAGUUUCAAGGCAAGGAACAUUACCAGCAAAUCAAUAUCUAGUAAAGUUAGAAGAAAUAUUUUGGACAUGAGAGAAAGAUUGAAGGAAGAAGCUAAGGUGAUAGAGAAUUGUCUGAGGACAAAGUCAGUGUCAAAGAAAGAAAGUCCUGUUUUUAAUCCAUCAAACUACAUAUACCAAAGUAAUCCUCAUCCUAGGGGCAAUCUUUACAAAAAUCCCAACACAUUUUGGUGCUUAAAGACAGAAAAUGCAGUGCACCGCGAUAAGGGAGAUGCAAAAGCCUCACCGAUUUUCGAGGUCAAGUAGUAUUGACAGAAAAAAACUUGCUUGCGUUUCAUCAGUUUUGCUUUAUUUCUGUUUACAGUGUUGUCAAACAGCAUCACUAUAGCGUAGCAGGAUUUGAACAAAUCAACAUUUUUCUGCGAUGCGCUAUAGUACUGUAUCAGAAUUUUAAAAACCUGUUAUUUUUACAGAAUUAGGUUGUCUCCUAGAUGCUUCAGCAAUGUUUUCAUCACACCAUCCCCAUUUCUUGAAGGCAUCAACUUUAUCA